AUGGCUUCUUCUAUUCUUCGAUUGCCCUCCGUGGCAGCUGCCCGUCAAGUGCGCUGCUUCAGCUCCUCCCCUCGUCAAUAUGCUGCUGCCGAAGUCAAGAAGCUUGGUGUUAUUGGUGCUGGUCAAAUGGGAUUGGGAAUUGCUCUUGUUGUAGCUCAAAGGGCUCAGGUUCCUGUUACCCUGAUUGACACUUCAGAUAAGGCUUUGGACAAGGGCAUUGCCUUUGCCGAGAAGCUCCUAGCAAAGGAUGUCUCCAAGUCAAGGAUCACACAAGAGCAGGCCGACAAGGCUCGCUCCCUCUUCAGCACCAGCACUAAAAUGGAGGAUCUUUCUUCUGUAGAUAUGGUCAUUGAGGCUGUUCCUGAGCUGCCUAAUCUCAAGUUUGAUAUCUUUAGCAAGCUUGCUGAGAUCUGCCCCAAGCAUGCUAUCCUCGCCACAAACACCUCUUCUAUCUCUAUCACCCGUAUCGCUGCAGCAACGACUAAGGAUCCCACUGAUACAUCGGCCUCUUCCCGUGUUGUGUCAACACACUUCAUGAACCCCGUCCCUGUGCAAAAGGGUGUUGAGAUCAUCAGCGGUCUACAGACAAGUCAGGACACCCUCGAUACUGCCGUGGAGUUCUGUAAGCGCAUGGGCAAGGUCACGUCAGUGUCCGCAGACUCGCCUGGGUUCCUUGCGAACCGUAUUCUCAUGCCUUACAUCAAUGAGGCCGUCAUCUGCCUCGAGACUGGCGUUGGAGACCGGGAUUCGAUUGAUGCCAUUAUGAAGAAUGGCACUAACGUCCCCAUGGGCCCUCUCCAGCUUGCUGACUUUAUUGGCCUCGACACUUGUCUUUCCAUUAUGAAGGUUCUAUAUGAGGAGACAGCCGAUUCUAAGUACAGACCAAGUGUGUUGCUGAAGAACAUGGUCAGCGCUGGAUGGUACGGCAAGAAGAGCGGUAAGGGUUUCUAUGACUACUAG